AGAGUAUUGAAUUUGGGGAAUAGCCUUGGAGUUGCAAAGUGGAUUACCAUGGCGUUGUUUAUCUUCUUCUUCUUCUCCAAAAAUUACAGACCCAAUUUCCUUGUUCUCUUUCCUAUUUUGUUCGUUCUUUCUUCAUUCUCUCUCUCUUCCGUGGCAUCUGAAUCUGAAGUAGGUGAUGAAUCUGCAUUCAGUUACAAUGAGGGAAAUGGAAAUGGACCAAAAGAAUGGGGAAAGCUAAAAGCAGAUUGGAAAUCUUGUGAGGAAGGGAAGUAUCAGUCUCCCAUUAAUAUUGUUGAAGAAGAUGUUCAAGUUCUUCCUAAGCUUGGAAAACUUAGAAGGGAUUACAAUCCUGCUCCCGCUAUCGUCAAGAAUCGAGGACACGACAUUUUGAUAAGGUGGGAAACAGAUGCUGGAAAAAUUACCAUCAAUGGGACGAAAUACAAAUUGUCGCAAUGCCAUUGGCAUGCCCCAUCGGAACACUCCUUCAAUGGAAUAAGAUAUGAUUUGGAGAUGCAUCUAGUUCAUACAAGCGAUCAUAAGGAGACAGCUGUGGUUGCAAUUCUAUACAAAUUUGGACGUCCGGAUCGCUUUCUUUCAAAAUUAUUCCAUCACCUAAAAUCAAUUGGGAAAAAAGAAGAAAAAGAAAUAGGGAUAGUGAAUCCAGGAGACAUCAAGUUUGGGGGCAGAAAAUAUUACAGAUACAUUGGUUCUCUCACCGUUCCUCCUUGUACUGAAGGGGUCCUUUGGACCAUACAAAAGAAGGUGAGAACAGUUUCAAGGGAACAAGUGAGAGCUUUGAAGACUGCAAUUCAUGAUGGUUUGAAGACAAAUGCAAGGCCAACACAAGCAUUAGAUGGAAGAAGGAUUCAAUUUUAUACUCCACAUAAGUGAAUGGUUCUACUUAUUUAGUUUGUUAAUUUCUUUAUUUACUUGGGUUAAACACAAAGCCUAAGGGAAAUUAAAUAAAAUCAUAAAAUUUGUUAAAUGUUAAAGGUGUUUAAAUUUUUCAAAAAUUGAACAAAGUGCGAAAAUAUUUAUAUCGUAUAGAACAAUUUUGAAAAAUAUUUAUACCGUUUGGGAGAAGAAUUAUUUGGGGGAAGGAUUAUGACAAAAAAAAAUUGUAUUUUUUUUA